CUCGCGAUAUUACAAAAACCUGUUUGCCUGGAACCAAGAGAGACGAGAGGAGAGACAGCAAAAUAUCUCGGUUGUUCUGUUGCAAGCGAACGAAAGAUCAAGAUUUAACACACACUUUGACGCUUAGAUUGAACUUGAAACCAUAAGCCCAAAGCCUGCUGUAUGUCAGACGCGAUAUCCUGAUUAUACGUGAAGUGAGAUUUGAAAGAACGCGGCCACAGAAGCCAAAUUGUAUGAGUGAAGUGCUAACUGUUAACGUUAGCUGACAGGCUACAUAGCAUAGCCAUUGAUGCAAUGGCGUUGAAAAGAAUUCAGAAGGAGCUGUCAGACCUGCAGAGGGACCCGCCUGCUCAGUGCUCCGCCGGACCAGUCGGAGAAGAUUUGUUUCAUUGGCAGGCGACAAUAAUGGGUCCGAGUGACAGCCCUUAUCAGAGCGGAGUGUUUUUCCUCACCAUUCACUUCCCGACAGAUUACCCCUUCAAACCUCCCAAAGUUGCAUUCACAACAAAAAUCUACCACCCUAAUAUCAACAGCAAUGGAAGUAUUUGUCUGGAUAUCCUGAGAUCACAAUGGUCACCUGCACUUACAGUAUCAAAAGUAUUAUUGUCCAUCUGCUCCCUUCUCUGUGACCCAAACCCGGACGACCCGCUGGUCCCAGAGAUCGCCCACACAUACAAGGCCGACAGGGAAAGGUACAACAAAUCAGCAAGAGAAUGGACACACAAGUAUGCAAUGUGAGAGAGAGAGAGAGAGAGAGAGAGAGAGAGAGAGCGCCAGGGAGAUGAAAAUCACAAAUGAGAACAAAAAAAGAAACACGUUUGAUUUGUAACUUAAAAAAAUGGCAAAUGAGCAACAGAGGAAGAAGAUGACGACGACAACGACAAAAAAAAACUAGACAAGCCCAUCUUUUUUGGAGGAGGAAGCGACACGAUGAGGUACAGUGCCACCUGGCUUUCCAUGUGCUGAGCUGCUCCCAUGUGCUGUCCUUCAUGACUCGUAUUGGAUCUGCCGAGCGGGACCUCACGGGCUCCUUAAAGUGCUCCCAUGUGGAAUACCGGAAACUCUAAACACUCAGACUUUAAGCUGUUACUCCUGCUUCUGUGAAUCACUAUCAUCGCUAUUCAUAACGCAUCAUUUUCAAUGUCGAUGAGUCAUAGCGGUAUAGCAUUUAGUUUUUAUUUUAGGAGAUUUGGCUCUCCCCUUUUUAUUUUGAGAGGUACUGUCUGUGUCCCACUGGAUGUCUUGUUGUUGUUGUUAUUAUUAUUAUUAUUGUAUUUCCAUGUUAUUUAGUGGCCUUUCUGUGUUUUUAUUUUCUCGGUAUAUGUGCAAUCGAGGCAGAAUGUUCCCUGCUCAACACAAAAAUGGUGCAGUGCCAUUACCAGCAGCUGAUCGGUUGGCGCACGCUGUCUCUCUACACCCCGAAACAAUGUGAAAGAUGUAAAGAAGGAAUCGGUCUCUCUUAUCAACCUGUGCAUUUUUUUUCGAAAUUGCGACAGUAUUUAGUGGUUUUCUAGGGCAGUGGAGAGCUGCUGUUAGGAGCUAGCUGAGCCUUGCCUCAUUGAAUAUGUUCACAUGCACACUGUUUUUCCACUUUUUAUUCCGAAUAUGACAAUAUUCUGAAUGUGAUACGGGUCAUGUAAACAGCAUAUUCCAUUUGGAUAUUUUGAAUAAGACCUUUUAUCAGAAUAAAGCAUUUUUCGAUUACA